CCCCGCGGAGGCGGAAGUGCAACUUCCGGGACCGCAGCUCAGACGAUAGCUUCAGCCCGGCCGAUGGCGGCCUACCCCUACCGCCCCGGCUCCGGGGCCGCACCCGCCGCGGGGGCCGCGCUGCCGGACCAGAGCUUCCUGUGGAACGUCUUCCAGAGGGUGGACAAAGACAGGAGCGGCGUGAUCUCAGACAACGAGCUCCAGCAGGCUCUGUCCAACGGCACAUGGACCCCGUUCAAUCCCGUAACUGUCCGGUCGAUCAUCUCCAUGUUUGACCGGGAGAACAAGUCGGGCGUGAACUUCAGCGAGUUCACGGGUGUCUGGAAGUACAUCACAGACUGGCAGAACGUCUUCCGCACCUACGACCGCGACAACUCGGGCAUGAUCGACAAGAACGAGCUGAAGCAGGCGCUCUCAGGUUUCGGCUACCGGCUCUCUGACCAGUUUCAUGACAUCCUCAUCCGGAAGUUUGACCGCCAAGGCCGGGGGCAGAUUGCCUUUGACGACUUCAUCCAAGGGUGCAUCGUCCUGCAGAGGCUGACGGAUAUAUUCAGACGCUACGACACGGACCAGGACGGCUGGAUCCAGGUUUCCUACGAGCAGUACCUCUCCAUGGUCUUCAGCAUCGUGUAGCAGGGCCCCUGGGACACGCGGCUCACGGAGAAGACUGGGACGCCAGACCUUUGCCUGCGGCGGGCCCUCCGGGCAGCCGGCACCACACUCCCUCUCGCUGCGGCAGCACCGGCGGUGGGACCCGGCAGUUCGGGUGGACGGGCUGUUGGUGUCCUGGGCCGUGCCGUUUUCAGAGACAGACGCUGUGCCAUGAGCAGGGAGGGUCUCGGCCUUGUGCGUGCACGCAGCCCGCUGUCCUUGCUGGCAGCCUGGCUCUGUGAGAAAGCGCCUUUGCUGGCACAGGAGCUGCCAGGCUGUUCACGUGCCUUGGCUUUCACAGAGGGCUGUGCCCUACCCACGUGGAUGUGCGGUGUAAACAAUAAAGCAGGUGUGCCCCUCGGCUCAGA